CAAAUACAAUAUUAUUUUUAUUGUUUUGUUUUCUUCGAUUAGGGUUGAUCUUCGUGCCUCUCUUUCUUAGAGUCUAGAAUUUGCUAUAGUGGAUUCUGUCUAUACAAAAUAAAAGAAAAUUGCAGGAGUGCUGAAUGUUUUGUCUACUAGAGGAUGUCGUUACAGUAGUUUAUUCUCAUUUUAUAACUAAUAUAGAACAAGGAGGAAGAAAAUAAUUAAAGAUGAUCAAUUGAUUGCAUAUUUUAAGUUUUUGAAUGGGAUAUAGAGAUUGUAAUGGAUAAACCAUGUGUGAUUUUUUAUCGUCAGUCACAUGCCGGUGGCCACGUCAUCUGUGGGUUUAUUUAUUGACCUACCAAUGCAACCAGAUUAAUUAUAGGUAAUGAGAAAGUUAUGUAGAUUGCACGGAAUGGGUAGAGCUCCUUGCUGUCCCAAAGAUGCAGAUCUUAAUCGUGGGGCAUGGACUGCUGAAGAGGAUUCCAUUCUAGCUAAAUACAUCUCAAUUCAUGGCGAUGGUGGAUGGAAAUAUGUUCCACAGAAAGCAGGUCUGAAGCGGUGUGGGAAAAGCUGUAGAUUACGCUGGUUGAACUACCUCUGUCCUGAUAUUAAGCGGGGAAACAUUUCAGCAGAUGAAGAGGAGCUCAUUAUCAGAAUGCAUAAACUGCUUGGCAACAGAUGGUCACUAAUCGCAGGAAGACUGCCUGGUCGAACAGGCAACGAAAUCAAGAAUUACUGGAAUAGUAUAUUGGUGAAAAAGCUGGAAAGCAAAGAGUACAGUCCACCCAAAACCAAAAAAAUCUGUAGAACGCCGAAAUCUCAGUCUGCUUGUACAGAGGAUCACUGUGUAUUACGAACUGUGGCAGUCAGGACUAGUGCGGUGAGAAUACCAAACAACCCAUACAAAGAGGGCGCCAACACUAAUUCAGAACAUCAAGAAAGCAAAUUGCAGAGGGAGGUCUCAGAAAUUGUUGACGACCCUUCAGAAUCAUGGUGCGAGUCUUUUGUUAAUGAGCUGAUCACGGGUAGCGACAUUGAGAUUGUCAAUUAUAGUUCAGCUCAAAAUACAAUGGAAUCUGAAAGCCGUCCCGGGGAAAUACUUGAGAAGCCUUGCCCCACAUUUUUAUCCAGAGUAGUCGACCGCCAGUUCUCAGACUGUCCGAAUGACGUGAAUACAUGCAAGAGUACAUUGUAUUUGAACGAGAUGAGUUUCCCUGACGACAACUUUCCAUGCUUUCCGUACAAUUUCUCGACAGAUGACAGGAUAAAUGAGUUACAAUAUUUAAAGAUGUCGAGUCUAUUCCAAGACUGCGAAGAUUGUGUGGAAAGAAGAAGCUACUUUGAUUGUAUCUAGUUUUAAUAGAAGAUGCCCUCUUGGAAUAUAUAUUGUAGUUGUUUUUAGUUAGUCUUGGAGUAAAAUCUUGGGUAGUCAUAAAAUUAUGUGAGUGUGAAGAUUGUGUGGAAAGAAGCGGCUACCUUGAUUGUAUCUAGUUUUAAUAGAAGAUGCCCUCUCGGAAUAGUUUUAUUGGUCUUAAUUUUAUUGACCUAUCAUAUAUUGUACUUGCU